AUGAAGUUCCGCUUUCCAGCGAUGGCUGCAAAAGCAAGCGCAGAUGCCACUGCCAGCAAGGCAUUUGGUUCUGAUGGUACAGGGCCAACUUACAUAGAGAUCAUCGUGGAUUGUACUAUCGGAUUUUUGGUGAUUAUUAUAUUUGUUGUUCUCUUUGCAACGAUUGUCGUUAGAAGGCGACGUGAAGAAGCCAGCCGAAAUGAGAGCAACAAAAAAAGCGAAAAAGUACCAUCAAGCCCCGCUCACGGAGCAGAUGUUUCACCUCACAAAGACACUGAUGGUCCGGCCCGCAAAGGAAGUGAUAAUCGACCUCGCGAAGACCAUACUCCUGAUUCUCGACCUCGCGAGGAUAGUACUCUUCCUGAUACUCGACCGCGCGAGGACAGUACACCUCCGGAUGCAGCAAAACCAGAUGGUGGUGGCGGAGGUGCUGGAGCUCCUCUAACGGCGGUAGGAUGGAUGCGGGAAAUCGCCGAUAUUGGUCAGCCAACAGCGUGA